CGCACUUUUCACUGUGUAAAUAACUUUAUCGGUGAAUCAAGAAUGCGCUCACUAUUCCUUUUCGUUUUUUUGGUUUUGAGGGUGUCCUCUACCCCGUUACAUUUUGAUGAACCUUCUUGUGGCUACACAUCAUGUCCUCAAGCCGAUGCAGACUCCCUCAAUGUCCACCUUAUACCACACUCCCAUGACGAUCUCGGCUGGCUUAAAACCGUCGACAAGUAUUACUUUGAAGACGUACAAAAUGUCAUCGGUUCAGUCAUUGGUGCUUUGAAACAAAACACGAACCGUACUUUUAUCCAAGUAGAAACUGCUUACUUCAAACGGUGGUGGGAUAAACAGUCUGAUUCAACGAAACAAGAUGUCCUCGAACUGCUGAAUAGUGGACAGUUCGAGAUUAUUAACGGAGGGUGGAGCAUGAAUGACGAAGCUGCCGUUAACUAUCAAUCUACCAUAGACCAAUACACACUCGGUUUGAGGUUCUUGGAAGAUACGCUGGGUGCUUGCGCACGACCCAGGGUUGGAUGGCAAAUAGAUACGUUUGGUCACAGUCGUGAACAGGCGUCUAUUUCUGCACAAUUAGGGUUUGAUAGCUUGUUUUUCAUGCGAUUGGACUAUCGUGACAGGCAGAAGAGGCUUAAUGACAAAACUGCCGAUUUGUUGUGGAAAGGUAGUCAGAGUUUAGAUUCCUCAUACAUCUUCACAUCCGUGUUCUAUCGAGAUACGUACAGUUUUCCCUCUGGUUUUUGUUUCGAUAUUGUUUGUCAAGAUGAGCCGAUCAUUGACGACGAAGAGAGCCCAGACUAUAAUUUGGAGAGAAGGGUCAACGAGUUUGCCGAAUAUGUACGCGGGCAAGCAUCCGGUUUUCCUAGUAAUAACAUUUUAGUACCCAUGGGAGACGAUGUUCGGUAUCAGGCGGCCUUUACCAAUUACAUUAACAUCGACAGACUCAUCCAAGGAUUUGAACGAUUUCCACAAACCGUCGACGGAAAAACAAUUAAAGUUUUCUAUUCAACACCGUCGUGUUACACCAAAGCUGUAAACGAAUUUGCUAACAACAACAACUAUUACUUGGAUGUCAAAACCGACGAUUUUCUUCCUUAUGCCACAGACGGUUACGGUUACUGGAGUGGAUUUUAUACUUCUAGACCCUCGACGAAAAGAUUUGAACGUCAAGGCAACAAUUUUCUUCAACUUUCUAAACAACUGGCGGCUGUUAGUAACCAGCCCUAUGAAAACGAUAUUACUCCUUUGAAAGAAGCCAUGGGAAUUAUACAGCACCAUGAUGCUAUAACCGGCACUGAGAAACAAGAUGUUCUCAAAGAUUACCAUCGGAUGCUUUAUGAUUCGCUAGAAAAAGCAAAUAAAGCAAUCGAUCCACUCUUGUCCACCUUGAUCAGUGGCAUCCCCGACGACAGUUUUCAGUUCGAAACGUGUCUGCUGUCUAACAUUAGUUCUUGCAGCGCGUCAAGAUCCAUUCGGUUCACGGUUGCAGUUUACAAUCCAUUAAGUCGGGUUGUAUCGAGUCCCAUUGACUUACCCGUAAGUGCCCAGUCGUGGACCAUCCUAGACCCCAAUGGAAACCAAAUUGAUUACCAAGUUGAGCCGACCAUAAUCGACUUCAGUUACGUAACUAACGUACCUACGUCUCCAUACACUUUGAGUUUCAUAGCAGAAGACUUGCCUCCUUUAGGAUUUAAGAUCUAUACAUUCGAACAAACUGCAGUAAAGCCUUCUACAUUAUUUUAUGGAAAUGAAAAUACCAGCUUUGAAAUUGACGAAGCUUCAGGCUUGCUUAAGUCCAUUACUAUGAAUGGAGUCACCAUGGAAAUUUCCCAAGAUCUGUACUAUUACAAAAGUGGAAGCUACUCAGGCGCUUACAUUUUUGUUCCAUUAGUGAACGAAAAAUAUAGGGUUACUGCAAAUAGUGUCAAGAUUACCCCAAUUUCAGGGAGCGUUUAUCAGGGUGUAAUCCAAGAGUUCGCAAGUUGGGCCAAACAAAUCAUCAAGGUUUAUAACAAUGACAAUAGCCAUAUUGAAGUGGAAUGGAUUGUUGGUCCCAUAGAUGUCAGAGACGAAACAGGCGAAGAAGUGGGUAAAGAAGUGGUUUCGUUAUUUACAACGCCACUCCAAACCGACGGUAACUUUUACACAGACUCUAAUGGUCGUGAAAUGUUAAAACGCACAAGAAACUACAGACCGACAUUUGACUACACCAACGAAGAACCGAUUGCCGGUAAUUACCACCCCGUCACUUCUAGAAUAGUACUCAAAGAUGAAGAACAAGGUUUAGAACUUGCUAUUUUGACCGACCGGUCACAAGGAGGUACCAGUUUGGAAGAUGGACAAGUAGAAAUAAUGAUUCAAAGAGCGUGUCCUCAUAACGAUUUCAAAAGAAGUCAUCGCAACGUUGGUGACAGCAUUAAUGAUCAAGAAUAUGGCCAAGGGGUAAUAAUACGUGGCAAACAUUACUUAGUUCUAGGUCCCACCACUGGAGAUGGAGAAAGAUCUCUAGCUGCAGUCCAACGAGAUGUUGCUCAGAGGAAACUUUUGGCUCCUUGGCCAUUCGUUACAAAUCAGGAAGUAUCUUCACGUCUGAAAAAUCUACAAUUCAGCGCCUUAAAACAGCCACUAAGUGACAACGUGCAGAUUCUAACGCUGGAACCAUGGAACGAUGACGUGGUACUUUUACGUCUAGAACACAUUUUUGAAAAAGGUGAAGAUGAAACGCUGUCCCAGGAAGUUACUGUUGAUCUUUCGGACUUAUUUACAACUUUCACUAUAACUGAACUCGUGGAAACAACUUUGGGCGGCAACAUUUUAUUAGAUGAACACGUUAGAAUGGAAUGGCCAGGUGCCGAUAACGUUGCUACAGUGACAGAUGUUGACGAUUUCAAGGUCGUUUUGACACCCAUGCAAAUAAGAACAUUUUUGGCUAAAAUUGUUGUCAACCGCAUAUUGUAAAUAAACAGUAAUAAAUAAAGUUUCUACAAGCAUCAAAGCACUUCA